ACAGGAGUGUUCGGUCUGCGCCAACAUGGCUGAUGAAAUAACGAAAGCGCAGACUGCUAAACCGAGUGGGGAUACAAUAUUUGGGAAAAUUAUUCGAAAAGAGAUUCCUGCGACUUUUCUCUAUGAGGACGAUCAGUGUGUAGCCUUCAAUGAUGUUGCACCUCAGGCUCCUGUCCACAUCCUUGUUGUCCCAAAGAAACCCAUUGUUCAACUUUCAAAAGCUGAGGAGAGUGAUAGUGCACUGCUGGGUCAUUUGAUGAUUGUUGCAAAAAAGUGUGCCGAGCAGGCAGGUCUGUCUAAAGGCUACAGGAUUGUUAUCAACGAUGGCUCUGAUGGAGGCCAGUCGGUCUACCACAUCCAUAUUCAUAUUCUGGGGGGUCGACAGAUGAGCUGGCCCCCAGGCUAAGGCCCCACUCUGUAAUCUUCAUGUCUGUCCUGUGAGACAAUAGAUGUAAUUGGAAUAAUAUGCACUAAUCCACAAGUUUACUGUUGUAACUGCCACCAAAAAGUGUUGAAUAAAUUUGAAGAAACAA